AAUCCCUCAAGGAGGAUGGAGACCUCGCCGUCCCGACAGAGGCAGCUCGAAGCAAGAUCUGGCUGCGGGUCACCCCAGGAGGGGGCCGGGGCAAGGCUGACCCCCCGAGCCACACUCUGCACGCCACUGCCGGUCCCUCUGCGGCCCGGCCGGGGUAGGACAGGACAGGACCGACCGAGCCGGGACAGGACAAGCCGAGCGGGAGCUCCCGGCCCCGCGGCUCGGCCCGGCGCGGCUCCGGCGCGGCAGAGGGCGCUGCGCGGGCGGGCGCGGGCCUGGGCGCGCCGCUCCCGGCGGCGGCGCAGUUCCCGUUCCUGUGGCUGUUCCCGUUCCCCUCGGGCAGGGCCGGGCGGCGGCCGCGUCUCGUCCUCGCUGCCCCCUCCUCCCCGUGCCUCGCAGUGGUCGGCGCCGGUGGCGGGGAGGGCGGGGAGGGAGCGCGGCGCCGCCGCAUGCAUCGCUGAUGGAGCCGGGCUCGGGGCUGCCGCAGCGCAGGGCGGGGGGCGGCGGGCUGGACCUCGGGGCGGGCUCGGCGGCGGGGUCGCCGGCGCUCUCGGGGGGGCAGUCCCGCCGCAGGAAGCAGCCGCCGCGCCCGGCCGACUUCAAGCUGCAGGUGAUCAUCAUCGGGUCGCGGGGGGUGGGCAAGACCAGCCUUAUGGAGCGAUUCACCGACGACACCUUCUGCGAGGCCUGCAAGUCCACCGUGGGGACACAGCAGGUCAGGAGAGAUUCAACAGCAUUACCUCAGCUUAUUACAGAAGUGCCAAGGGAAUUAUUUUGGUGUAUGAUAUCACCAAGAAGGAAACAUUUGACGAUUUACCAAAAUGGAUGAAAAUGAUUGAUAAGUAUGCUUCAGAAGAUGCAGAGCUUCUACUAGUUGGAAAUAAGCUGGACUGUGAAGUUGAUCGAGAGAUCUCUCGGCAGCAGGGAGAGAAGUUUGCACAGCAAAUAACUGGGAUGCGGUUCUGUGAAGCAAGUGCCAAGGAUAAUUUUAAUGUGGAUGAAAUAUUUCUAAAACUUGUUGAUGACAUUCUGAAAAAGAUGCCACUGGACGUUAUAAGAAAUGAGUUGUCCAACAGUAUCCUGUCCCUGCAACCAGAGCCAGAAAUCCCACCAGAACUGCCUCCUCCAAGGCCACAUGUCCGUUGCUGUUGACUUUUUACUUCCUCCAGAGUGAAAAAUAUGAGCAGGAGGGUAAAGAAAGUGUCUGUACUACUCUGCACUACAAUCAUUUGGCAGUUUCUCGUUGCACUUUGUUAUUCGAGUCAGAGCUACACACUAACUUGUAAAUAUGCAAAUAUGCAAUCCUAUGUAGGAUUCAACUAUAACAUUUAAUUAUUACCCCUCUCCCUCACAAUGAUGUUUCAUUCAUUGCCCCAGUGUUAUAAAUACUGUACAGUCGGUGGGGGUUUGCCACACAUCCAGUUGAGGAGGAGGAGAAAUUAAAUCUAUACCUAUUCUUGACAUAAAUGUUGUAAUAGUUCUUUGUUAUUAUAAACAGGCAGGCAGAAGCUCUUCUGGUAUGAAGAUAAGUAUAUGGUGCUUUGCUAACUAUUUUAAAGACAAAUUUUUUUAAAAACAGAGGACUUUAUGUACAAAGCUUCCAUAAUCAGCAUUAUGUUUCCUUUUAAUGUAGUGACAACAUUUUUGGCUGUAGCAUCCUCUGCUGACUGGAUUUAUUGAAAAGCUAAGUUUAAUUUCUGGCAGUCUUUUAUUUAUUUUGUUUAAUGCUGCACCCUUUCUUUCUGUACCGAGACAUCACACCUGGUGCAGAUCUAAGAUUGCACUUUGAAAAAGCAUACAUCAUUUUCUGCAUAAACAUAAAUUUGGUUACAAGAAUCAUUAAGUUUCAAUAAAAGAAUGGAGAUAUAUCAAGCUCUAAAAGAAGGUAUAAAAAAGCAAUGCUGCUGUCCUAGACAAAUUCUUGAGGAAAAAAAAAAAAGAUGAUGCAUUUUCCUGUGUUAAGGAAUAUAUAUGUGUAUUUUUGUCUGGACAUCUGUAGGGAUGGGGGAAGGGAACCUAAGGUAAAAUUAUUUUCUUUCCUAAUGGUGGAAAUUAUUCCCAUCAAGCAAAUACUGUGUUAGGAUUUUGUCUGAUAAUGAACUUGUGAAUUAUAUCUUUGGUAUAUCUUUUAUUAAAUGCACUGUUUAGUUUAGCUGUGGUAAAUCAGUAGAUACAUAUUUGAAUAACUUGGUGUGUCCUGAAUGUUGUGGUAUUGAAAAACAUUGUGGUCUUUCUAAACUAAUGAAGUGCAAAUAAAAUUUUGUAUUUAUGAAUGACAGUGGAACUGCACCUGUUAUUAGAAUGGCAAGUAUCAAGUGAUGGGUAAAAGGUAGAAUCUGGAAAAUGGAACAACACUUGUGUUAAUUUUGUUAUGAUUUAGUUUUCUGUUGGACAGUCCUUUAGGUGUAGUGGGAAGAGCAGCAGACAUUAGUUGUUCACCUUGGUCGCUGCUCUAUUGGGAGAGCAGCUGAUGACCUGGCCCAGCUGAUAUCUUCAAAUAGCAUGUGACUGCUUGUCAUGCUGUCUUAGCAGGUGGUCGCCAGACUAUUAGUUACACUGACAACACAAGUAUGAACCAGUCUUUGUCACACUACAGCUUCUCUACUUUGCAUUCUCUGGUGCUGGAACCCAUUUUGUCACCUUUGCCACUCUUAUAGCCAGAACUGGCACUGAACACUAAAGUAUACCACUGACAUAAACAGAUUCUCUCUGUUUUAUGGGAGAAGAAAAGACACAACAAACUGUUAAUACACACACACAAAAAAGCCCUUAUUUCACUGAACAAGCUCUGACAUUCUGAAUUCAAUGCCAUGCAGGCCUGUAGCACACCUGGAUUUCUACUGAAAAAUUAAGGAAAGCAUGGUUGAUAUUUGUGCUUAUGUCUUCUGCCACCUUGUGCCUAAACAGUUAGCUAUUUUAAAUAGUAAACUUACAGUUUACUAUCCUGUUGGUAAGAUAAGAUGAAUUUCUGAAGCACUUGUAGGAGUUCAGAUGAUACUGUGGGCAAUAGCAAGGAAGGGAAAAUUAUGGAAAGUGGGUUUUAACUUGACAACCAUUUUAUUUUAGCUGAUUUGUUUUUAUUUGUACUUAGAAACUUGUGAUUUUUUUCCUGCAGUUUUUGAAUUUAAUAAAAAUUAAGAAAUUUGACUUAGAUAAAUUUCUUUUUGUAAUUCUGUGCUGUUUGUAUAUAGGCAGAUUGGGAUCUCAGUCUCUUGUACCAAAAAUUAAAAACUAUUGCAUUUAAGAAGGA